CCAUCACCGGUUUGGGGCCAAAACCGCCGGGAGCGGGACCCGCUGGGACCGGAGCGCAGGGAGCGGAGCGGAGCUAGAGCAGAGCCCACCCCACCCCACCGAGCAGCCGCGAUGGCUGAGGAGCUCAGUGACCUGCUGAGAGAGUUUGAUGAGGUGAUGGAGGACUUUGACCGGGGCCCUGCGUGUCAGUACCAGCAGCACCUGGAAGAGCUGAAGAGGAAAGCGGGACACAGCGUGUAUGACAGCGGCAUUGAUGAGCUGGAGAGUGCCAGCACGUCCCCGGGAAGCAGCCUCAACUCCAGUGAGGAGCACCUCAACACCCCAGCCGACACCUACCCCACCAAAGCUAAGCUUGGUGACACGCAGGAGCUGGAGGAGUUCAUCGCAGACCUGGAUAAAGCCUUGGAGGAGAUGUGAGAUGUGGUUCGGGGUUUGCAGAGGAGGAUCCCCAGCAGCUGAGCCCCCUGAUGCCUGCCUGAUGCACCCUCUGCUUCUGCACUCACUGCUGGCCUGGGGAUGGCUCCUGGGGCCGUGCUGGGGCCGGGGACAGGCACAGGGACAGGCGCUGGGGACGCAUCUGGCCGUGGGACAGUGGUGCCAGCGCCGAGAGAGGAGAACCCUGCGUGGGCACCGGGCUCUGCCCUGCACAGGGCUCGUGGCUCCUGGGACUGAGUGGGUUGAGGAGGUCUGUGCCACCGAUGAAGCCCUUGGAGAUCCCCUGGGUGAUUUUGGGGAAGGACAUCAGUGUCCCCUCCAGAUUGGGAGAGCCCGUUCCCCCGGUGGCAUCUGUCACAGGUGGUGGCAGCCACUGCUGGCCCUUUGCUUUGCAUGGGGACCCCCAAAUCUGGCCCAUCCCUGCCCCCCAAGUGCCUCUGCCCCAGCUGCUGCUGCUGUAAAUACUGUAAAAAGGAUGUUUUGGGCUGUACAGAGAGAAUGUGUUUCUAUAAACAGGAUUUUAAGCCUCUCCUUGUCUUUGUCCAUCCUUUUCCUGUCGGUGGGGGUGGAGCAGGGAUG